AUGUCUAAGAUCAAAAUCAGACCGAAUACCGUGGAUGAUGUUAACAAUUUGACAGAUCUUAUUUCUGCGACAAGAGCCUUAAAGGAGCUCGGUCUAUCAGCAGCUAAUAUAAAAACUCUUGAAGAUGCUAAAGCUAGAAUCAUUCAAGGCUUCUCAAAAGAAAAGGCACAAGAGAUCUAUAAAAAGAAUGAUUGUGAUCCAAUGCAGAAAGCUUUAAAGGAAAAUGAAAAGAACAGACAUACACUUACUGAUAUGUUCAAGAAAGCAGAAGGUUUUUUAAAAACCCUAUCUAGUAACUUCCAAGAAGAUCUCAAUAGAGUGUUCCCUGAGUUUAACAAAUCUUUUUGCAUUAGAUCACGGGAUUUGGAGAAGUCAAGUUGCUACAUUUUAGUUGCAGGUGAAUCGGGGGCUGGUAAAAGCACCAUCAUCAAUCUGUUGCUAGGAACACGACUUCUGCCUACAAGUGAUUUAUACUGUACGUCUAAUAUCUGUGAAUUACGACAGUCAGACAAACGAUGCUAUAUGUUAUACCACAAAGACAGGCGAAAGCCCCCAGAAAUAUUCGAUUACGACGAAUCACGAAGUUUAGAUCAGUACAUGGAAAUUAUGGCCAACCAUAUCCGCCUCAGUAAUCAAGAAAGUGGUGAUACUUUCUACGAGAAGAUCGAAAUUUACUGGCCCUUCCCAUAUAAUAUGGAGAAAAUUGUGUUCGUUGACACACCAGGCGUAAGUGAUGAUCUUAGUCUAUCAGCCAGUCUUCAGAAAUACAUGAAUAAAUCUUUUGGAUUUAUAUAUGUUCUGAACAGCGCUGCUGCCGGUGGAAUACAUAAAGAUAGGCUUGGUCGAUUAUUGAGAUUAGCACAAGAGAGAGGAGAUGAAGAUUUUGAUCCUUCUGCUGCUCUGUUUGUUUGUAAUAAACAUGAUCUUCUGAAAGAUAAUGAAGUUGCGGGAGUUAUGGACGUCAGCCUGGAGAAGUUACAAGGAUGCUAUCCAGGUGUAGUCAAAGAACAGCUCUAUCCGAUUUCGGCGAUGGAGGCAACCAAAACCGCUGAAUAUGGACGUGGAAUUUUAAAAGAACACACUAAAUUGAUUGAUGCAGUUCGAAAUGUUUUACCUAAAAUAUUCCAUUCUCAACUAGCAGCCCAUUAUAGGUGGCUUGUGUCUGUAAUCAAGCGUACGUUAUACACUUUAAAGAUGUCAUUGGUGCUAGAUACUAAAAGUAUUGAAGAUAAAAGAUCCAUUAUGACCGACGUGAAAAAUCAAAUGUCGAAUUUAGCUCAGAGAGCAGACGAUCGUAUCAAACUUAUGAAAACAAACAUGGACGAUUCUGUCCAAAGAGUUGUGAAUGAUGUAUUAAAGAUCAUAGAUCAAAACCAGGCCGAGUUAUCAAUGUGGGGACCAAAUACAUACCCUCAACCAGAUAAAGAUUGGAAGGUGGUGGCUAGAAAAGCCUCUUUGAUCAUCUCGGAUCGAAUAGCUAACUUAAUAGAUGAAUGGGAUUCUAGGAGGAAUGUGGUUGGGCAGAUAAAGCAGGGAGUAUUGGACAAGUUUAAGAACGAUUGCGAGCUGUUUGAAGACCAGAUCAAACAAAUUGAGGGUAAUAUUGGUUUAACCGUUAUAUAUAUCAAUUGUAUCAAAACCUUUACUGCAAUUGCUGAAAAAGGUACAUUUCUGGGAGUAGAGACUAAAGCAAUAGCAGAUUUUCAUCAUUCCAUUAAAUAUAGAUCGAAUGUGAAAGCCAUUUGGAAAACGAACAAAAAGGAAAAGUAUGGUGGAAGUAUUGGAAUAGCAGUUGCAGAAGCUACGUCACUUAAUAUUAAGAGCCCCGAGGUAAGGAAAGUAUUUAAGGAUUAUAGUAGAAGCAGUAAAGCUGGUGAACUGAUGAGACAAGCCACCUAUCUCUUCAUACAAGAUUUAACUCCAUCAUUGGUCUCCGAGGCUCUGAAAAAAUAUUUCACUAGAUUUACCAAAGAAAUAGAUGAGAUCAGUCGAUUGAUACCCAUAUUUUUGGAGACGGACAAAGAAAUGAUUAAAACCCUGACAGCUGAUGUCCACCAAACUGAGCAGAAACUGAGUGAAUUUUAUCCGCAACUGAUUCAUAACUGUACUCAUUUGUGUUCUGAAUUAGAUUACUUUUAUUGUAGGAAAUUGAUGAAGGCCGACUUCCCAUUUGAUUCAUUUGUUAUCGAAAAUAAUCGAAAGCAAAUAGGAGAAGGGACAUUUGCUACUGUGUUUAAGUCUACUAUACCUGGAACAAAUAAGCCAGUGGCACUAAAAGUAUGUAAGGAACCCCUAACAGAAGCGAACGUGAGUGAGGUGUUGUCUGAACACGCAGCAUCCAGGGGACUCAGACACAGAAACAUCAUUUUGUAUUACGGUUCGUCAAGAAUUAUCGCUUCAACACAGCUAAAAUUUGUUAUGGUGUUGGAAUAUUGUGUUAGAAAUUUACAAGAGUUAAUUCGAGCAGAAAGUUAUUCCGUACCUAGCAAAUGUGACAAACAGACAAGUAUGCAGAAAGCUAUGCUGGAUAUGGCUGAUCAAGUCAAGCAGAUUGCAUCAGGUUUAGGAUAUCUCCACCAGAAAAGCAUAAUUCAUAGAGAUUUGAAAACUGAAAAUAUUCUGGUGACUUCAGACAGAGUGUUGAAACUCAGCGAUCUUGGACUAGCCAAAAUUGGCUUAGCAUCAACAAAACAGGUUGGAUCACCAGUUUAUAUGGCACCAGAAGUCUUACUUGGCUCCAGUUACCAAUAUGGAAAGGAAAUCGAUAUUUACGGCUUGGCAGUUGUAAUGUGGGAAAUGUGGUAUGGACAAGACGUGGCAGAUCAUAUCCAGAUGAUGUUGACGGGAAAGUUUGAGGAAUGCGUUUCUCGUGGCCUCCGACCAUCAUUAACUCUCAAAUGUAAACCACCUUCUGAAUGGUCAGCUGUUAUAUCAAAAUGUUGGUCACAAGUUCCAGCCCGACGUCUCACGUGCGCUGAAUUAAUUGAUUUUUUCCACAAAUUUUUAGAAAGGAAUGGAAACUAA